GCUGUUCCUCUUGUGAGCCCUAAUCUCUUCCGAGCCCUCUGUGUUCCUGUGAACCCUGAAAACAGCCACCUUUGCUUUUCUUUAAGUGGAGAUGGUGCCGCCUGCCCUGCCUCCUGCAGCAGUUGCUGGGCCCGUGAGGUGGGAGGUACUUGUGAAAGCGUAGAGUGCCCAGGGAAGACAGCGGAGCUGUAGAGUGCCCACGGAAGGCAGCGGAGCUGUGUGCCUGCCGCCCUCAGGGCCAGCUUGGAGUUCUCGGAGACACAGUGCCCAUGCUGUGUCAGAGCGAAACUUUCAGAAACCAAAGGGGGCCAAUUUCUCAUGUUUCCUCUGGGGAACUGUGUGCAUCACUAGAAGGGGAUCUCAGAUAAGGUGUCACCAGGGGUGUCACUUACAGUUGUAGACGUGCAGAGCUGGGCCAUCUGCAGUCUGCUAGCAGGUUAAACCUGGGUCACAGUGACCCGGGGCUCCAGGCUGGGAGUCCCAGAUGUGGAGCUCAGUGAGUGCCUUCCCUCUGUGUACCCUUCGUCCUCCCAGAGUGUGGCCAGCUUCACCCAAGGCAGCCUGGCAUUGCCUAGCACUCCUUGUCAGCUGGCCUUGACUCUGCACUCUGUCUUCUGGAAUCUCACAAAGCAACAUUGUAAGUUCUUCUGAGGGUCCUGGGAAGAGGAGGCAAACAGAUGGACAGGGUCUGGUUGUGGCUAAUGAACAUUCCAUUGAGUGUAGCCAUGCUUCACUGGGGUGUGCUCCAACUCCUGCCUGGAGAAGAUCCCAAAUGCCCCUAGGAACACACAGGGCCCAUAUUUUGGUUUUUCAGACCCCUUGUCUGGCACUAUCUGGACAGGAUUUCUUGGUAUCCAGCAGGUGGCACUGCCAUCUAGGACAGUGGCAGCAUGUCCGUUGUUUACACGGAUAAGUCCUAGCUACGACUUAUCCGGUUUCAAGCACUGAGGAUACACCGGACCCCUUCCUGCAACUGUCCUCUUGGGGCGCUGUGCCUUCUGGCUCUGGCAAGCCAGAGGUUAGGGGAGGGGCAACUUCCCUGGCCUGGGCAGUGUUUUCCCAUGCUCCCUGGGGCUGUCCGAGGUGAAGGUGACAGGUGGAGGAGGCAGGUGGAGAAUUGAGUCAGUGAGCUCAUGACAAAGGCGCCCAGUGGGCGGGGUGGGUAUUCUGGCCUAUAAAGACCCUAUGCCCUGUGGCUUGCUAAGGCAGUCAUGGAGGGCACCAUGGAGGGUCCCGAGGCAGUGCAGAGAGCCACAGAGCUCAUUGAGCAGCGGCUUGCCCAGGAGGAAGAAACUGAGAAACUUAAAAAGGCCGCUCCUGGGAAGCUGUCCAUGGACAUGCUGGUCCUAGAGGAGGAGAAGCGCCUUGGGAUGCAGAGUCCCGCUUUGCAAAAGGUUAAGGGCCAAGAGCGCGUGCGCAAGACAUCCCUGGACCUGCGGCGCGAGAUCAUUGAUGUGGGUGGGAUCCAGAACCUCAUAGAACUGAGGAAAAAACGCAAGCAGAAGAAACGAGAUGCACUGGCUGCGGCCCAGGAGCCACCCCCUGAGCCGGAGGAGAUUACCGGCCCUGUGGACGAGGAGACCUUCCUGAAAGCCGCAGUGGAGGGGAAAAUAAAAGUCAUUGACAAGUAUCUGGCAGAUGGAGGUUCAGCAGACACCUGUGAUGAGUUCCGUCGGACAGCCCUGCAUCGAGCUUCCCUGGAGGGCCACAUGGAGAUACUGCAGAAACUUCUGGAGAAUGGGGCCACCGUGGACUUCCAGGAUCGGCUGGACUGCACAGCCAUGCACUGGGCCUGCCGUGGGGGACACCUGGAGGUGGUGAAACUCCUGCAGAGCCAAGGAGCCAAUGUCAACGUGAGAGACAAGCUCCUGAGUACUCCCCUGCAUGUGGCUGUCCGCACUGGACACGUGGAGAUUGUGGAACACUUUCUUUCCCUGGGCUUGGAUAUCAAUGCCAAAGACAGGGAAGGGGACAGUGCCCUACAUGACGCUGUGAGACUCAACCGCUACAGAAUCAUCAAACUGCUGCUCUUACAUGGGGCUGACAUGAUGGCUAAGAACCUGGCAGGAAAGACCCCAACGGACCUGGUCCAGCUAUGGCAAGCAGACACCCGGCAUGCCCUGGAGCACCCUGACCCAGAAUCAGAACAGAACGGACUGGAGAGGCCUGGGAGUGGGCGUGAGACCCCCCAGCCUGUACCAGCCCAGUAAAUACCUACCCCAACUGGGCAGUAGUCCCUACUAUGAGCUGCCUGCAGCCAGUCUGGCAGGAACACUCAGACUCAACACAAUAAAGUGCUGUCUUUGCUA